CCGUGGCCGCGGCUGCCGCGCAGGCCCGCGCGAGCGCGGCGCGGCCGGCGAGGGGCCCGGGCUCUGAGGGGUAGAGCGGGGUCCGACUCGUCCCGCGUCUUUCCCCCUCCGGGCAGCCCGGUGAGGGCCACGUGGAGACGAUCUCGAGACUCGCGUGGAGCGAGUUGGCCGGUUCCACUCGCGGACUGCACCCCGAGGGUGGCUGAGCUGCGUGCCGGAGCUUGGCGCCAGAGGUGCCCUGAGGAGAGGCAGCUCCGGUGGGAGGGGAGGGCGUCCGUCCUCUGCAGUGCCUUUUGCCUAGAAUCUGUAACUCUUGCUUUGGGCUCUUAAUAAAGCGUAUGAUGGGAUCACAAACAUGGGGUAAGGUGUGUUAGUUCGGACUGGUUUUGUUGGGUCAAAGUAGUUUGUGUUGGUGAGAACACUGGUAGCACGUUGGUGAACUUCCGUAUAGGAAGUCUAUUGUGCUCAAGAGUUUUUAACUUAAAGCAGUUGUAUGUUGUCCUUUAGCCUGCUCCCUAAGGUAGCUUUUAAUUAGUGCCAAAUGCUGCUAAUAUAGAGUUAAAUAUGUAAAAAAAUAGAAAUGUACACAUUUAGUGGGUUUUUUUUAGAAUUACUUAUGACUUCUGAAGCAUUGGUAGGACCAAGCAUUUUAGCUGAAGCGUGUGUGCACAGAAAAUUACUUGUAAGGGUACAGAAAUGUGCUGUAAAUAAGGUUAAGAGUAUGCGUGGCGGAUCAGCAUACACUAGGUAUGAACUCUUGUUUGUUACCCACUUUCUUUGGUGAAAACAGGUUUUUUCGCUAGUUUUUUUUUAGAUCUGCGUCAGACAAACUGUCAAGGAAGGUUCCUCAUAAAAUGGAUGCUUUAAUUAGAGUGGCUGGUGAUUUUUGUUUGAGGAUAUUUACAAGUUUCAGUGUAUCUGAGACAUACUCUUAAGGCUGUAGGACAGUUCACAAGGCUUAGAUUCUUCAUGUCAGUCAUAGCUGCUGUAACAACGUAACCUGUUUGGUAUCUAGUGCCAAACUUAACCCCUGAAAGCUUUGUAGCUUGUUGGCAGGGCCAAUCCAAAUCUUGGUUGCUGCCAAUGGUUCACCUAUAUUGCAUAAUAGUAUUUUUGUAGAUGUUGCAUUUUGUUGCAGUUAGUGGCCAAAUCUGUGUUCUUUUUAAGGACAAGACUUUUCUACCAUCUUUAAUGGAGUUAUGUUGAUGAUUGGUACUAAUUUAAAUUAAUAGAUGAACCUAAUUGGAAAGACCUGCAUAAUCACAGGCUCGACUCUCUUAGCCACUGAACUGUUCAAUAAUGUAUUUGCUUUUCUGAUCCCUUUUCUUAGAUCAGACAUUUUUCAUCUGAUGCUUACAUAGUCCAACAUGAAGGUCAUGUUGCUGUUCAAACAAACUACAGAGAACUUAGUUACAAACCCAACACAGUCAUGGAGGAAAACUGAAAGCACUGGAAUGAAACAUGAGUGCUAUUAAUGUUAUCAGUGCAAUUUUCAUUAUCACCAUAAAAGUGUGGAUGCUCUAAGCCUAUCAUGUUUAUAGUAAGAUUUGAAGUAUGACACAUGAAAUUAUUGCCAAGUACAUUUAGAAAGUUAUGAUUCCCUUGGGAAACCACAGAAACUUUUUGGAAUUUAUCCCAUGUAAGCUGCUAUGACCACUAUGAAGUGAUAUGUAUGCUAAAAUUAUACUAAAGCUUGCGUUAAGAGCUGCUAGCACAUGGAAAUACACCUGGAUUUAAAGCAAACAUUCCAGUUCUUUCAGAGUUACAAGAUGGUAAUUAAAGACUUUUUCAAGAGUUCUGAACUGAAGUAUUGUGCUGUUAUGUCAGGAUAGCAAAAAACCAUAAAUUAGGCAGGCUGAUGGUAUUAUUUGAAUUAUCAUCAUGAUCCAAACUGAAUGCUUGAUUUAAGGAGUUACUGCUAACUACCUGUACUUCAAAGUAUAUCUGCCCCUGGUAUGGAUAGAUGUGUAAAAUUAGUCAGAAAUUGCUGUUCAAAGUUUCUAGUGCUAGUGUGCAGUGUUGGAAGCAGUAGGGUGACAGCAUUUCUGAAGAGGGGCCAAGGAAGCACAUUGUUUUGUUUUGAUUUUUAAAUAGCGGAAAGAACAAGAUGUUCUGGAAAGGUCAUUCUCCUUCCAGGUGUAAUGGUGAGAGAGAGGAUGAGCCUCAAGCUGUCUUCCAAGUACAAUUCUGCCUGUCACUUCAGUAGGGAAACUCAUUUAAUUAGAAUUUUUAGGAUUGAUUGCAAACCUCGAUCAUCAAUAAGGUAUAUGUUGACUCAGUUUGCCUUUCAGUAAAUAGCGCUGCUGCAGCCCACACUCCUCUAGUGCAAGUAUGUUUCUCCUAGGAGUGUGCCUUGGUAGAAGUAACACUAGUGGCUGUGAGAUCUCCGUGUUAGCAGAUGUUCUGCGACAACUGUUUUGUGCUUGUGGAUUUUGACCAGCUGAUGUUCAUCACUGCAGUGGUAGUAGGGGAAUAAGGCAGGGCACAGCAUUCUUGGGGCAGGACACCAGUCUGAAAGGUGCUGUGAUAUUUUAAGCCUAACUUCACUGCCUUUAGACUGCACAGUCUGCUGCUCUGUUGUCUGUAGACUGUGGUAGGGUACCCCAGGCUUCCCAAACUCUGCAUUUUCCCCAUUCUUCUCCCUCUACACUGAGCCCGUUUCUCACAGUUCCACCAAAACUGUAAUGAAGUACAGUUGUAUUCCCAUCUCGGAACACCCUGAUGUUCACAGUUUUAUAGACUGUACAAAAACUUAAAUGCAAAAAAGCACAGUGAUUUCCUAUUGAACAGAAGUAAAAUGGCAAUAGUAAUCUGAUGUAAGUUUUCUUUACAAGUUAAUGAUGUCAUCUGGCUAAUGAUACUGUAAAGAAGGCAUUGCAGUAAUGAAAUAUGGAAGUUCAGGGGGUGGUUAAUGAAUGCGGUGAAGUCCAAACCCAUCAGAAGCUCUUCCCUAUUUACCCAUUUGUAGACAAAACCCUCUGUUCACACAGUUGUGUAGGAGCUAUUAUAAGUCUGAAAACCUAUGCAGAUUGCCAUAAGAAUAGCUGUAACAGUCUCAAGACUUCAUUUCAGAGCCAAUGAUGUUUUUAUUGUCUGAAAGAGUCAUCUCAUAAAGCAUUACCCAGUUGUGCUACCCAAGCUUGAAGGAGAUGAUGCUGCUAACACAGUUCAGUAGAGCUGAUUUGCAAUACUGCAAGGAGUACUUAAUUAAGGGUGCUGCUUUGAAAUGCAAAUCUCAUUGCAAUUUAAAAUAUAUUUUAUUGUACUAUAUGUCGAACUUUGCUUUUCAUAGUAUCACUUGGCUUAUUGUAGUGUUACUAGAUGAUAUCAAGAGAACAGCUCAAAAUAUUUCUGGAAAGGAAAGGGAAAUUGUGACACUGUGGACCCUUCUCAGUAUGUCCCAGUACUAGCAGUCAAAGAAUUUGAGGGGAGACAUGGGGUAAGUUAUUGCUCAAGGGUUUCCUGACCUUACUGUACUGGUCCUUGGAAUGAUCUGCUGAGUAGAAAUCAUCUUUGGAUUGACUACUCUUGGAAUUUUGUGAGUACUAGUAUUUGUUGGUUAUGAGUGACUAAACGUGCAUGAGUUUUGUUGGACAGGCCUCUUCAGUUGCUCUUUCUAGUACUUUAGUGACAUAUAAUGUAAUUUUUACUUUCAAAUUCAACAAUGUAAUUUUGCUGGGUUUUUAACUGCCACUAGAUGGCCCAAGCAUGCUUUCAAGUACCCUGUGAGAACUGAAACUUAAUCACUAAAAUUUACGCUGUUUUAACUGAAGUGGAAAUUCUGCAUCAUGAAACAUGUCAACUACUGUGGUGCUUUGUGCCUGUUUAAAAUACAGACACAAGAGAGUGUUUGUAAGUAAUACAUAUGGUAACAGUUACGUUGUGUAUGAUCUACCUUGUCCCUCUUUUUCCUUCCUUAGAACAUUUCUUAGUGUAGUAUAAAGUUUUGCAUCAAGAUGAGAACUCAUGUACUGUCACUGAUAGUGUAUUCAACAGCAAUGGUUCAGAUAAACUUCAGCCUGAUAUCAACAGCUUUUCAGAGUCUAUCCCUAACAUCUCCUGGGAGUGAGAUUUUCAUUUUGUUGUCCACCAUAACUGUUUUUCUUUGCUGCUUGAUUUUGCUGCAUAAUGUAACAACUUUGCAAUUUAUCUCACCAGUAUAGAUGUGUUUAGUGGCUUCUGAAUAGGUGUAGUUUUUAAGUAAACAGACUGUAAUUUAACUCACCUUGUUUUUGUUGUCCAACAACAUUAAGUAUAAGCUUGUUAUCAAGACUCUCUUUUUGGUUAGUUGAGAGAGACAGGUAAUACACAAAAGGCAGGGCUUAGCAUAAGGGAAACUGGACACUAGGGGGAGGCUGAAGUGGUGGGAUGUUCAUCCACAGACACAUUCCCUGUACAGCCUGACCAGGGGCCAGGUCUGAGUGGGAGGCUGAACUAGGUGACCCAGAGAGGUGCCCUCCAAAUUCCAGAAGGAGACUUUAUUAGUUCCUUUGCUUGGUACUUAAAACAGAAAUACAGGGAAAACAAAUUGUUGUCUUUCUGAAUUAUUUCCUAACUUCAGUAGGACCAUGAACUUCCAGCUUUCCUGUUGCAAGUGUGUGUCUGUGUUCUCUUUUUCUUCUUAAAUUGCACUCCCUGCCAAAAAAAAACCAAGAUGCCAUUUAGAUUGAGUGUUAUAUCACUUCAUUUCACUGUUACCUAUACCAAAUGCCCUCUCUGUCCUAUUGUUUUAUGUCGUUACUACUAGCAUCUUACUUUACAGGGAUAGUAGAUUUUCUCUCAUUCCUGUUUCUCUUUUGCACUUUCAAUAGUCAGCUGUUGUCCGUUCUUCUUCAUCUGACCGUGCUCCUUUUUUUCUUCCUUUUCCCAAUGUCAGUAUUUUUCCUGUUCUGCUCCUCUUCCCUCUUCUGGCUGGAGACAAAUUGACAUGUCCACAUGUACUAGAAGGGUGGGCAUAAAUGAAGUAUUAUUUUGGUGAAGGAGAUAUUGCUGCCUGCACUUAGUUGUGUGGCCUAAGAGACAAUCUGCUCUGCUGAUGCGUGUUAGAGUUCUGCCUUUGCAGUAUUUCCAUCUUUCUAAUUUCUCCCAAAGUCGGUAGCUUUCAUCUUAUUGAGCAAUAUACCACACAGAUUUUGCCAGCUGAGCCAUGUGCAGAGAACUUUCUCAAUGUGUUGACUUUGUGAUAGAAGUGUGUGUUUAAUGGGUUUUCUUUCUGAACGAAUACACUCUAACUUUGAGUGGGAAAUUGACUGCGUGGCCUUGCAACUGCUUGUGGCUGAAAACUACACCAAUGAAAUUCCAUUCUCAGCAUUGUGGUAGUGCAAAACAUAGGUACAGGGACUAAGAUGUUAAUGAUAUGUUUUGGUUAGUAGUGUGAGUUAAAUUCCAAAUUUUCAUUUUACUGAAGAAAUUUAAUGGCAUGUACAAAAAUAGAGUGAUUUUAAAAAAAAAGAUGUUAUACUACGAAAUCUUUGAUGAAACACAAAAUGAAACACUUGUCUACAUACAGAUUUGCACACUUUGUGUUAUGUGGAACAGUUAUAUGCUGUAAAAGGGAGAUUAUCUAAGAUGAUGUGGAAGUUUUUGAGGUAGCAUCUCCAUCAUGUCUUGAUUAAAAUUUUGCACUUCAUGUUUUCAGUAACUAGACAGUUGAAGCAGGUAGUAGGGUUUGGUUUUCUAUGCUUAUUCCAUCAUUUUGUAGCUAGGGAUACAGAAGUUACAUUUUAAGGUGAACAAAAUGAAUUGAUAGUGAUAGACAAGGUGUCAGAAAGGUGUUGUGUUUCAGAUCUAUCUAAAUGUAUUUACAUAGUGGUACCUCUUAAAUACGUGUAAACAUUUUGGAUAACUUAAUGUGGUGCCUGUGAGACACAGCAACUGUGGUGUAGUAUCAUUCGAAAGCUGGACAAAGCUGCAGAAGGUUGCAGUAUCAGAUGUCACUAGUAGAUUUGGGGAAGAAACUUUUAGAAGCUGCUAGAGCAGGUCAAGAUGAUGAAGUUCGCAUUUUGAUGGCAAAUGGAGCACCUUUUACCACAGAUUGGUUGGGAACAUCUCCGCUUCAUCUAGCAGCACAGUAUGGACACUACUCGACAACAGAAGUGUUGCUGCGAGCAGGUGUAAGUCGGGAUGCCAGAACCAAAGUGGAUAGAACUCCAUUACAUAUGGCAGCAUCAGAAGGCCAUGCUAGCAUAGUAGAAGUCUUACUUAAGCAUGGUGCUGACGUCAAUGCAAAGGACAUGCUCAAAAUGACCGCGCUUCACUGGGCUACUGAACAUAACCACCAAGAAGUUGUAGAACUGCUAAUAAAGUAUGGAGCAGAUGUUCAUGCUCAGAGUAAAUUUUGCAAAACGGCAUUAGAUAUUGCGGUAGACAAUGGAAGUGAAGACCUUGCAGAAAUAUUACAGAUUGCAAUGCAGAACCAAAUCAAUACAAAUCCAGAGAGUCCGGACACUGUGACGAUACAUGCAGCAACACCACAGUUCAUCAUCGGACCGGGAGGGGUGGUGAACUUAACAGAUGAAACAGGAGUGUCUGCUGUACAGUUUGGAAAUUCAUCGACAUCAGUAUUAGCCACGUUGGCAGCUUUAGCAGAAGCAUCAGCUCCACUGUCUAAUUCUUCAGAAACACCAGUUGUGGCCACAGAAGAAGUUGUGACUGCAGAAUCUGUGGAUGGUGCUAUUCAGCAAGUGGUCAGUUCUGGAGGUCAGCAAGUUAUUACUAUAGUUACAGAUGGCAUUCAGCUUGGUAAUCUGCAUUCAAUUCCAACCAGUGGAAUAGGACAACCAAUCAUUGUGACCAUGCCAGAUGGACAGCAAGUAUUAACAGUUCCAGCGACAGACAUUGCUGAAGAAACUGUGAUAAGUGAAGAACCUCCAGUGAAGAGACAAUGCAUUGAGAUUGUUGAAAAUCGCGUGGAGUCUGCAGACAUAGAAGAAAGAGAAACUCUUCAGAAACAGCUGGAUGAGGCAAACAGAGAAGCACAAAAAUACCGUCAGCAGCUUUUAAAGAAGGAACAAGAAGCAGAGGCUUAUCGGCAGAAGUUAGAGGCAAUGAACCGCCUCCAGACUAAUAAAGAAGCUGUUUAAUAAAAACAUGAACAUACUGCAAAGCCUGUUACUUUCAAAAACCUGCAGUACAAUCUUGAACUGUACACUAUAUAGGUGCAGACACAAGAUCACAUGAUAGAGAAGAUGCUUCAAGUUAACUGGACUUAAGCCGUGAGCUCUGAUUAAUUUCUUGUAACAUAAAAACUCUGAAUUAAGAAAUUGUGAAAAGUAUUUAAAAUUAAAUACUGUAAAUAGUUGGUUUUUUUACAGUUUCAAAAUGAGUUGAUAAAUCUUUUUGAAGGGAUCCAGAAACAUGAGAAGCCAAUGUUUUUGUGAAAUUUUUGAUUUUAGUAUGAAUCUAACUUCUGAAAAUCAGAACAGUUUUAAGGGUGAUGUUGUUGAUUUAAGCCGACAACUUGAAAAUUAAUUACGUGACAAAAUGAAUUAACAGUUAUUUCUACAUGGUAACAACUAAAACUUCUCUGAAUAAGACAUUUCCAGGUGGAAAUCUUUGUACAGCUUUAAGUAGUUGUCUCAGAUUCUCUGAAAACCAUUUUUGGUUAUUUUUUUUUUUUUAUUUUAGGUGGCGAAAUUUUUAUAUUUAAUUUCAGAUAUAUCCAAGUAGAUUUACAUGUAUAUGAAGCUAAUAUUUUUUAAACUUUUCAGUUUGUACAUAUGCUGCAUGUUUUUAUAAUUUCUACACCUACAUCUUGCAUAGUUUGGGGGUUUUUUUUCAGCAAAGAUGAGAAAAUUAUGACAAAGAUGUUUAGCCUUUAGGUCAUUUGAAGUAAGCUAGCAGCCAGUUUUAUUGUGGAUGGUAUAUUUCUUGGAAGAAUGUGAUUUGUAAUUAAAAAGGAAAAAAAAAAAGCUUAAUUUACAUACUAGAGGCAAUUUAAAAUUUGGCAGUGGAGGCAUUGAAACUUCACUAUGCUUGUCUUACACUUUUCCUGUACAAACAUUUUAAAGUUCAGUAAUGGAAUAGAAAGGAAUGUCUCCACUGGAACACAAACAGUAGUUCUUUUAGAAUAUACCUGUUCAUCUCUUUUCCCCAAGAGCCUUGAAAUUAUUUCAGUGAUACAUUUUUUUCUGAAUGGACUUUCACAUUUUAAUUAUGCAAUUGGACAAGAUUUCUUUUCUGUUGUAGUGAUGCUGUCCUUACCUAGCAUCAUUGUUCUUCACUGUGAUACUGUGUUUGUGUGCGUCUGUGCAGUGAUCUAUUAUGCUUAGGAUUUAUAUAACACAUUAUAUCUUCAGAACAUUGUAAAAUCUUUUAAAGAACCCUUACUGUACUGCCUGAGGCAGGUGAGUGAGUGUUGUUGUCUCAAUUUUAUAACUGGUAUAGCUGCAACACAGGGAGUGUUAAAUGACUGGCCCAAGACCACAUGAAUCUGUGGUAGUCGUGGGAAUAGAUCUCAGGAGUUCCUGGCUUCUAGUCCUGUGCUUAGACUGAGCUGCCUUAAGACUGUUCAGUGCUGUGCUACAUUAAAUUUUGAACUACUGUGCAGAUUCUUUUUUUUUUGUAAGAUAAAACUGUGCUUUGCUUUGUUGUUCCAUGUUUCACUGCUUUUAUGAAAUUGUUUAUAUAAACGUAAGCAAAAAGUCUAGUUUACCUAUACUGUACACAAAAGAAUUACCCUUAAAACUGUACUCUGGCCUACUUUUUCUAUUUUACAAUUAAAUAUCUUUUCCACAUA